AUGGGCUCAGCUAGUAUUCAGCCCUGGGACUUCAUAGUCGUUGGGGGUGGUCCGGCAGGAUGUGCGCUUGCCACAAAGCUCUCUCGGUCUUCAGUGCGACCCAAGGUCCUAUUGAUGGAGGCCGGGUGCCACAAUGAGGACAAGGAAUUGCGGGUUGAUGGCCAAAGAUGGACCACGUUUCUGAAUAGUACCUUGAACUGGGGAUACAAAACUACCCCCCAAGAAUACUGUAACGGACGUCAGAUAGAUUAUUCAAGGGGCAAGGCAUUAGGGGGCAGUAGUGCGAUCAAUUUUGGAGUCUACACUGUGGGUGCUAGAGACGACUACAACCAAUGGGCAGCCACAGUUGGAGAUGACUUUUUCAGGUGGGACCACAUGCAUCCCCGGUUUAAGAGCCUGGAAAAUUUCAAUGGUGUCAUUACCGACGAGAACAAUGCCAAAUACGCCGCUCCUAGAUCGAUCGAUCAUGGAUUUGAAGGGGAUCUGAGGGUGGGCUACGCUGCAGAAUGGGAACAGGACCUGCCUUUGGUGCUGGAUGCGUUCGAACAGGCAGGCCUUGCUCGAAAUCUAGAUCAGAAUUCUGGAAACCCUCUUGGAAUGGGUCUAGUUAUCAAUUCGUCUCAUAAAGGGCAGAGAGUCACAGCAAGUGACCUUCUACGCGGCGCACCUGACAACUUAACCAUUGUUACCGAGACGCCAGUGCAACGUGUUCUCCUCCAGGCAAGAAAAGCUGUCGGUGUGGAAUCAAGAGGGAAGAAGUACUUGGCAUCUAAAGAAGUUAUCCUAACCGCCGGCUCUCUGGACACACCUAAAAUUCUAAUGCAUUCAGGCAUCGGACCUGCAGAACAGCUCCAGAAGUUUCAAAUUCCAGUAGUCAAAGCUCUUCCUGCUGUCGGUCAGGGGCUGCGGGACCAUUUAUUUGCCCCAUUAUGUUUCCAACGUAAACCGGAGACAAAUGAUCGGAACGCCUUUUUCGGAAAUCAGGCUGCCAUGGAUGCUGCUAUGGAGCAAUGGAAGAAGGAUGGCACCGGGCCAUGGGCGCGUUAUUCAUGCCAACUCGCAGCUGGAUGGUUCAAGUCUGACCGCGUCACAGCUUCAGCCGAGUUUCAAGUCCUCCCACUACAGGUGCAGGAAUUUCUGAAUUGUGAGACUGUGCCUCAUUAUGAGCUCUUGACGCACUUUCCUCUUCAUCUUAUUUCUCCGGAAUUUACGAAGGAUUAUAGCUAUCUUUGCACAACGGUGUUCUUAAUGAAUGAACAAUCCAGCGGUGAAGUUCAGCUGCAGUCAUCAAAUCCAGACGACCCACUGCUUUUUAACCCCAAGUUCCUCUCUCACCCGUUUGAUCGGCGCGCAUGCAUUGAUAUAUACCGCCAUGCGCUCGAGGUGUACAAACAUGAAUCAUUCACGAAGGACACUAUUUCGAUACUGAUUGGUCCUGCAUCCGAGUCAGACGACGAUAUUUUGGAACACUGGAAGAACACUCUAGGCUCUAGUUGGCACAUGACAGGUACAGUUAAGAUGGGCAAACCCGACGCGGUCGAUGCUGCAGUAGACUCUAAAUUCCGGGUCUUCGGCGUCAGUAAUCUUCGAAUAGGCGACAUGAGUGUGGUGCCAGUCUUGACAAAUAACCACACCCAAGCAACAGCCUAUGUGACUGGUAUUACAUGCGCAGAUGCCUUGAUUGCGGAAUAUGAGCUUGAUAUCCCAUCGAGGAUAUGA